GAAUCGCUACUCUCGAAUCACUUUGGAAGGACGCCCGCAAAUUCCCAAGAAAUACAUGAAGAAACAUCCGAAGACAGGGAUGAACAGUCUGACUUUCCUUUUGAGAGGAGUGUGAAGUUGUCAUUGGGUGUCGUGCUAGGUCGUACCUAUCCUCUGUAGACCAGGAUUCUGCUGAAUGUAGCAGCGAUGUAGAGUAUGAAACCCAUAAUGAAGAAGUUAGUGCGAGAGAUUUUAUUAGAAAUGGAUGCGGCUGUCAAUUACGUUCUAAUACAAAAUUCAGCUAUGAGGACAUCUUCUCCCAUAUGCUCGAUGCACAGGCGAUAGAAACACAAGAAAAGGAGUUGAGUAUAAUGGCACUUCUUAAGGUACCAGACACCGAGAAGAUUUCCAAGGCUGAAAAGCGGCCAACAUUUCGGGUAAAUGGAAUGGUAGUAUGCCGACAGACAUUCUUACUAUUGUAUUGUCUUUCUGUAGACAAACUUAAGGCUCUCCAAAACAUGUUCGUGAAAAGGGUGUUGUUCCGAGAGUCCACGGCAAUACUGGAAGAAAACCCGCUCAUGCCAUUUCAUAUGCCGAUGUUCUGCGCGUCGUUCGAUUUAUACAGAAUACGUCUAAUGAAAGGGGUAUUCCUCAGCCUGCUGCUCCGCGAGGCAUUGACAAUUUUCCUCUUGUUUACCUGUCUGCGGAAACAACCAAAUUGGCCCUGCACGAAGAAUACUCUACAACAUGCACAAAUCAACAGGUGCGUGCUCUUCGACUGACGGCCUUCAAAGAUGUGUGGCGUACUUGUUUGCCACAUGUGCGCAUCGCCUCACCAAGAGACGACGUAUGCGCAACGUGCGAGAAAAUGCGCCAUGGCGUUAUGGAUGCAAUAACGGAAAAGGAGAAGCUGUUUUAAGUCGACGCAUUGAAAACGCAUAUUCUACAAGCGCAAACGGAAAGGAAAGUGUGCAAUGAAUGCCUGCGUAAGAGUUCGGAAGAAAAGUGUGUCCACUUCCGCUUUGACUUCAGUCAAAGUGUGACUAUGCCCCCACCAUGCACGCCAGAUGGGACCGCUGUACUUCUUCAGCUUGCGGAAGGUCCAUAUAUUUGGAGUACGGAUAGAUAGCCAAAGGAAACAGAUCAAUUUUCUGGUUGAUGAGGACAAGACCAUAGGACAGGACGGCAGCCAGGCUCAUGGACCGGAUUCAGUUAUUUCUAUGCUAGACUGGGUAAUGUCAAAUUAUGAAACGGAAAACGACGUAUGCUCCAUCCAUGCAGAUAACUGUCCAGGGCAGAACAAAAACAAGUUUUUCGUGGGUUAUUUAAUGUGGAGGGUCAUGACAGGGAAACACAGGAAGAUAGAAUACCAAAUGCAAAUUCCAGGGCAUGCAAGGUGUUUAGUCGACUCGGGUUUCGCGCACAUCAAGUUGAAGUACCGCCGCCAUGAUUGUGAAACCAGAGAACAGCUUGCAGAAACAGUAGAAGGGUCUUCCGUAGGUAACAUGGCUGUAUCUUAUCCACAGUGGUCUUGGCGCGCUUGGAAGGAGUUUCUUGGACAACAUUUCAAGUCCGUAAUCGGCAUAAGAAAAUUCCAGUACUUCAGGUUUGAGGAAGACAAACCAGGUGUCGUCACUGUCAAAACAGCGGCUGGUGCGGAGGAGACAGAAAUAAACAUUAUAAAAAAAUAAAGACGUUCGCUUUGAAUCUCAAGAGAUUCCACGGGUUCUUCAGCCGAGAAGACACUGCGACCUUUUGUGCGGAAUGCGAAUAAAAAAGCCUACUUAAUAUCGAUUUUGACUUUAAAAAAGUAUUAAAUUGAAAAUACGGUUAAAUCUGUUCAAAGUGUAGUUGACUUGGGACAUAUCGCAGCUCAUUUGUUUGUUUUCAUGUUCAAAUGGUACUUGUGUGUGUGUGUGUGUAUUGAUUACAAAUGGCUAUCACCUGUUACGGAUUGUAACGUAUAAGAUAUAGUCAUUAAAUCAGUAGUCGAUGUGCCAAUAAGCGAUUCUUUUAUGAAUAACGUCAGUUAAAAUAACGUCGCGGAGAAUUUUACGACGUCGCUUUGCAAAUACGUUAACAACGUAUUUUAUAAACGUUCAUAUCAAUAUCAAUAUUGAACGCAUUAACAAUG